CGAAAGUAAAACUAGGACGUGAGGGAAACGACAGAGAUGCAGACGAUGAAGACGAGUUUAGUUGCUGUGGUUUUGUUGUGUAUAUUUGGGUUCUCGCUAGGCCUAAAAGGAGACUACCAGGAAAAAUUCUUUGAUCAGUAUAUAGACCACUUCAACUUUGCAUCUUAUGGCGAAAAGACUUACAAACAACGUUAUUUGAUACAAGAUCGUUGGUGGAGACAGGGACAUGGACCUAUCUUAUUGUACACAGGUAAUGAAGGCCCCAUCAAUGCGUUUGCAGACAACACAGGAUUCAUGUUUGACAUUGCCCCAGAAUUUGGAGGACUUCUGGUGUUUGCAGAGCAUCGUUUCUAUGGGAAAUCCUUUCCAUUUGAUCCUGAAGUGGCCUUCACCAAGCCCUACAUCGGCCUCCUCACUAUAGAACAGGCCAUGGCAGAUUUCGCAAUGCUUAUAACUCAUCUUAAGGUGGAACUCAACUCCACAGAUUGUCCUGUCAUAGCCUUCGGUGGUAGUUAUGGAGGGAUGCUGAGUGCGUAUAUGAGGUUUAAGUACCCCAACAUUGUGGCAGGCAGUAUAGCGGCCAGUGCUCCGAUCUUUCUGCUUUCUCCGGAACUUGAUCGCAGUUUCUUCUUCACUGAUGUCACAAAGGACUUCGGUAGAAUCAGAGAUUGUGUAGAGGGCGUCCACCAGGCUUUUAUAGAAAUGAACAUGUUGGCCAGACAAGGUACCACAGGACUUGAAAAGUUGUCCAAGACUUUUAAUUUGUGUAGUCCGUUAACAAGCAAUAAAGAAUACCAGCACCUCCUUGGUUGGGUGAGAAACGCAUUCACAGUUUUAGCCAUGAUGGAUUACCCAUACAAGGCCAGCACCUUUGCUGCUCUGCCUGCCUUCCCCGUCAAGGUGGCAUGUGGGCUCAUAACUAACAGUACAGAAGCUAUCUUUGGACUAGCCAAGGCCGUAGAUAUCCUGUACAACACUGUCCCAGUCAAGUGUCACAACAUUUUCCAGGAGUAUGUAGAGUGUGCUGAUCCUACAGGGUGUGGGGUGGGGCCUGACAGUAGGGCCUGGGACUACCAGGCCUGUACAGAGGUACAUCUACCUGCAGGAAGUAACAACAUAACAGACAUGUUCCCCGUCAUUCCCUUCACCUCACAGAUCCGGACGGAGUACUGCCAACAAAAGUGGAACGUCACUCCCAGAGACAGCUGGGCUGCCACACAGUUCUGGGGCAGGGAUUUAAAUACAGCCAGCAACAUAGUGUUUUCCAAUGGCGAUCUUGACCCUUGGAGGAGAGGUGGGGUAUUAACAACGACCAAUCCAAACCUAGUUACCCAGCUUGUCAUUGGAGGAGCACAUCACCUCGACCUCAGGGGAGCCAAUCCUGCCGACCCACCCAGUGUUCGGGCAGUGAGGGAGGUGGAGAAAUCCCAGAUACAUAAGUGGAUAAUGGAACAUUAUACAAAGUCUUCGGCUCACAGCCCAGUACAGUAAAUAAGAAUACUUCAGAACACUAGAUUGAACUAGAGUUCAAAACCUAUCAUAAUACAAAUUAUAUACAUUUUGUAAAUCAUGUUUAUCUUUAUAAAAUAAAAUGUAUUUUUGUAAGCUUA